GAGCCUGUGGGGAAAGAUGAAGAUAAGAAUGAUGAAGAAAAACAGUGUUACAACGCACCUACGGGUGAGGAAGACGAGGACACAAGUCAGGAUGACAGGGAAAUAAGUAACGUACAGCCACAGUCUGAGAUAGACACAGAAGAGUCAGACCAACAAAGUACAGAGACAGCCACCGAAAUGACAACAACAAUGAACAGAAAGUGCAAAGCAGGGCCAAAAAAGUUCAAAAUUGCCAUGACAAGAAAACAAUGGAACAAAAUUAAACCUAAACAUGGCAAAAAAAAACUCCGUCCCCCCUGGACUGAUACAUUAUAUCAAGAAUUUUUGAAAAAUAAUCCAUGCUGCACACUUGCUUUCAAAUACCAGCAUGUUAAGACAAAUGAUAGCCGUAAAAAGAAUUCGCCAUUUUUCUGUGCCUCUGCAAAAUGCACAUUUAAUGGAUGCAACGCUGUCUACAGUUUCUCAAAAAAGAACAGGCCAAAAUCAACGGAUAAAAAAAUUAUUUUUAAAGUCAUGCGCAUUGGUGAAGUUAUACACCAUAAAAAUCAAAGGCGAUUUAGACCAGCAAAAUACACAAGAAGAGGAACAAUUUCCAAAGCCUUAACCAGUGGUGUCAGUAAUUAUUAUUACACUAUGUUAAGACAGACACCAGUAGAGGAAAUAAUGGCUGGUAACAUAAGCAGAAGCCUCACCAAAGACGUGUUAAAGAAAAUAUCCUCUGAAGUGAAGAAAAGUGCAAGGCUCCACGAUGACAUGAUGCUUGAACUCAUGUUGACUCAAAAAAUAAUCAAAGAGAGCAGCAGUCAUGCAUCAUCAAAAGGCUAUCUUCAGCACCUACAAAUUGAUCCGUUUGCUGUACAUUUAUACACAGAUGCUGGAAUAAAGAUAUUGACUGAGCACUUGAAAAAGCCAACACCUACGACUCUCUACCUUGAUGCCACAGGCAGCGUGAUACAGAAAAUUCCUGAUCAAAAUAAGCGGGUCUUGUAUUAUGCUUUGGUUUUGCCCGGAAUGGGUAAGGAUAAGCCUCCCUUGCCUGUCACAGAACUGAUCACCAACAGCCAUUCCAUUCCAUCUAUUUCCCAUUGGCUCAUGGAAUUUAAAAGAAAGUUGUCUUACAUAACAAAAAGAAAGAUAGCACAGGUUGAGACAGAUUAUAGUUGGGCUCUGAUAAACAGUGUGCUUCUGUCUUUUAACAGGGAACAUAUGUCAGUGUACCUUGACAGAGCAUUUGAGAUAGUGUCUGGACAAACUGAACUGAUUCUUAACUUCACUGUGCUGCAUCUGUGCUCUGCUCAUAUCAUGAAGGCUGUGUCACAAGCAUUUGGGAAAAAAACUGUAGACAGAGGCACACAGGAAUAUGCAACAUUCUGUUUUGCGUACAUCCUGAACUGCACAAGUAUGCAGGAAGCCCUUAAUGUUUUUUAUCAUAUGUGUGUGCUUUUUGAUGCAGAGGAGUACACUUAUUCGGUGAAACAGAGCAAAAUGUACCUCGACAAGUGCAUUUUGCAAACUCGGGACUUGAAACUGGAGGAAAGUGGACAUGUAAUGGGAGAGGAGGAAAGCAAAAUGGAAACAAAUGCUCAUAGCAUUAUUGGAAAGUCCCCUUUUACACAAGCUUUUCAAGUCAGGCGGGACCAAGCAGUGUGACAUUCUCUCUGACGAUGCUGUUCAGGUAAAAAACCACUACCUCUGUCCUGGUGUCAUUGAUGCACUGUUCAAAAACUACAUGGGGAUCUUCCCAUUGUGGAGUGGUUUGUUGCUUGGGGAUCUGUCGCGACAUAGAAAAGGUACCUCAAAAAAAGAUGGAAGUCAUAAAACCAGGGAUACCAACUGCCAUGUUGAGCUCUGGUUUGGGUUGGUCAAACACUCCAUCCUUUUAAAAAAAAAGUACCUGAGACCAGCUGAGUUUGUCUCCAAAAUGUAUGCCUCAAUACAAGGAAGAUACGUAGAGCACAUUGAGCAACACAAUCUGCCAAUGCAUAUUCUGGACAAAAACUUUGGGCAUCCUAGCAGGCCAGAUGAUGACCACGAGGAACAGUGGAACAAGCGGGAAAGUUCUGCUGGUCACUCCAAGUCCAAGUCCAAGUACUUCAAUCCACCAAAAGCACUACCCAACCCCAAGAGCCCACCUGCCACAAAGGUGAAGAAAAGAAAAGUGGACCAACAGGAACAAGACGCACAGGGAAAUGUAAUUGAAGGCGUGUUUCAUGUUGCUGCCGACAAAUUCGCCGUUCUGAACAAAAUGUACUUGCUAAAUCACUACACAGCAAGUGUCAUUUUGUUCGGGGACAGAACUCAGCUAAUAUCUCACAGUUUACCGAAGUACAUUCAUGCCAAAACCAGCACCGUAUUCCUGGUGGAUCCAGCUCAAAGCAUAAAAGAGCUUGAUGACUCCGAACAUGCUGCCAAAAGAAUACAGGAGUACUUCAGGGUGAGGAGGACACGCCACAGCAUAACAGACUGGGUGGAUGUUAAGUGGAAGGGAGGCGUUAUGGGCCACCCACUUCAAACGGAUGGAUGUAGCUGUGGUGUCGUUGUUGUGAAGAUGGCAAAGGCAGUCAUGGAGUCCUUCCCUCUGAUCCCGAAUGUGAAUUUCGAGUGUUCGAAGAAAUACAUGAAACGGGGAGAGGAGAGAACUGGCUCUCGAAAUCCUUGAGGCAUCAGUCUUUGAUGAGCAUACUUAUUGUGCUAUGUGUGCUGCCUUAAGGCCUCCAGGAUCUGGAUCUCCCAUCACAGACUGGGUUCAGUGUGAUGACUGUGAACGAUGGUACCAUGCCCAGUGCCUGGCAAUGGACAGCAGAGACUUUAAAAAGGCAGAGACAGGAUAUUGGAAUUGUCCUUUGUGCAAGUAAUACUUGAAAUGUGCUCAAUGAUGACGAUUAGUAAAACAUGUGUCCUGUGUAGCCUU